ACUCUGAAGCGCUCGAUGAGCUUAGAACGGCUGCCACCUGACCUGUCAGAGCUGAGGGUUGUUCUGCUGGGGAACAGCUGGUCUGAGAGGAGUUUAGUGGGGAACUUCAUACUUGGAGAGACUGUGUUCAACACUGAGGAAGAACCAGACCACUGUCUGAGAGAAAAAGGACAGUUGCAGGACAGAGGGAUCGUUCUGAUCAACACUCCAGAUCUGCUGCUUCCUGAGAUCUCUGAACACAAACUAACAGAACAUAUAGAAAACUGUGUGAGACUCUCCGAUCCUGGACCUCAUGUGUUCCUGCUGGUUCUACAGCCUGAAGACCUCAUUGAGGAAGACAAGCAGAGGCUACAAUCAAUCCUUGAAACAUUCAGUGGUCAAUCAUUUGAUCAUUCAUUGGUUCUGAUAUCAACUCCCAGAGAGAGAUCAGGUUUAAUGGAAACAUACAUGGAACACCCUCCAUUAAAAGACAUGGUCAUCAAAUGUAGAUACAGAUACUUGAAGCGAAAGGGCCUUGAACUUCCAGAGCUGUUAACACGCUUGGGUCAAACGGCAAAGGAGAACAAUGGAGAGCAUGUGAGCUGUGACGUAUUUAAGGACACCACAUCUACUUUACCAGCUGAUCAUCAAAGUCCAAAACAAAUAGAAACAGAAACUCCCAUCACAAGUGCUGUCAAAGCUGCUGAAUUGACAUUCAGGAUUGUGCUUCUGGGAAAAAGUGAGGACAAACAGAAAAAGGUUGGUAACUUCAUCACGGACAAAAGUCCUUUUAUACCAACAACUUUCCCAACCAGUCAGUCUUUGGCCUCCUAUGGAACGUGGAGAGGAAACCCAUUAAUAGUAGUAAAAACUCCAGAUGUAUUCGGUCUGUCUGUGGAGAAAGUGAGAAGAGAAGUAAAGAGCUGUGUGAGUCUUUGUUCACCUGGACCAAAUGUCCUGCUGCUGUUAGUAAAGCCUUCUGAGUUUACUGAGGAGAACAGACAAACACUGAAGUUCAUUCUAAGUUUGUUUGGUCAGGAUUCCUUUAAGCACUCAAUGGUCAUUGUGACACAUGAGAGCAAUGAAAUGAGUGUCUGCGUUAAUGAGCUCCUUCAAGACUGUGGAGGAAGACACUACAGCAUGAAGUCUACACUACAGUCUGAAGUUGACAAACAAUCAUUAAUGGACAAGAUUGAGAAGAUGGUGCAUGAAAACAAGGGAACCUUCCUGACCUUCACUGAAGAGACCAACAGACCAACAUCUGGACACAUCAGUCCAGCUUUAAACCUGGUUCUGUGUGGGAGGAGAGGACCAGGGAAGACUUCAGCAGCCAAGGCCAUUUUAGGACAGACAGAGCUUCGUUCAGUCUCCAACUCAUCAGAGUGUGUUAAACAUCAGGGAGAGGUGUGUGGACAUUGGGUUUCCUUGGUGGAGCUGCCUGCCUUGUAUGGAGGAGGUCUGGAGGCAGUGAUGGAAGAGUCAUUGAAGUGUAUCUCCCUCUGUGAUCCUGAGGGUGCACAUGCCUUCAUCCUGGUCCUACCUGUGGGUCCCCUCACUGAUGAAGACAAGGGAGAGUUGGAGACCAUCCAGAACACUUUCAGCUCUCGAGUCAAUGACUUUAUUGUGAUUCUGUUCACUGUGGAGUCAGAUCCUAAAGCUCCAGCUGUUGGAAACUUUAUAAAAAAGGACAGAAAAAUCCAGGAGCUCUGUCAGAGCUAUGGAGAUAGAUAUGUUGUUCUCAACAUCAAGGGCCAGCAGCAGAUCCCAGAGUUGUUGGAUGAUGUGAAAAAAAUGAUGAAAUCUCAAAACAAACCAAAUGUCUAUACAGCUGAAACCUUUGCACAUGUACAAAUGGAAAAGAUCAUACAACAACACCAUGAACUUGAAAAGCUGAAGGGCAAGAUCACUUGUGAUGAUGAGAAGCAGAGCCCAGACUGUCUCAGGAUUGUGCUGAUAGGAAAGACCGGCUGUGGAAAGAGUUCUACAGGUAACACCAUUCUAGGAAGAGAUGAGUUUAAAGCUUCAUCAAGCCAAAAAUCAGUCACCAAGCGCUGUCAGAAAGCAGAGACCAAAGUGAACGGUCGUACUAUCGCUGUGGUCGACACUCCUGGUCUGUUUGACACAACUUUGUCCCAUGAAGAGGUUAAUGAGGAGAUGGUGAAAUGCAUCAGUCUUCUGGCUCCAGGACCUCAUGUCUUCCUGGUGGUGUUAGGAAUCGGCAGACUCACACCAGAGGAAAAGGAGACAUUGAAACUCAUCAAGAAUGGCUUCGGGAAGAAUUCUGAAAAGUUCACCAUCAUUCUUUUUACAAAUGGAGAUUCACUGAAACGUGAGAAGCGGUGUGUUGAGGAAUACAUUCAAGAAUGUGAUGAUUCCUUUAAGAAACUGAUUGCUGACUGUGGAGGAAGAUACCAUGUGUUUAAUAACACUGAUGAACAAAACCAAAUGCAAGUUGUUGAGCUGAUAAACAAGAUUGACACCAUGGUAAAGGAAAAUGGAGGCAGCUGCUACACCAAUGACAUGCUGCAAGAGGCUGAAGCAGCUAUACAGAAAGAAGUGAAGAAGAUCUUGAAGGAGAAGGAAGAAGAGAUGCAGAGAGAGAGGGAAGAACUGGAAAGAAAACAUAAGAAAGAAAUGGAAGCAGUGAAAAGAAAAAUUCAAGACCAAAGAGCAGAAAUUGUAAAGGAGAGACAACUGAGAGAAAAACAACUUGAUGAAAAAGAGCAAAACAUUAAGAAGGAACGUGAGAUGAGAGAGAAGGAACAGAAUAAGAGAAAAAAAGAAGACAGGAAGAGAAAACAAGAGGAAGAAAAUCAGCGACAGAAGUGGCAACAGAAAGUUGAAGCUUUGGAGCAACAAAUAAGAUCAGAAUCAGAAUCAAAGGAAACCAUUGACAAAAAGCUGGUGGAGAGCAGAGAAGAGAUGAGAAAAGAACGAGAGAACUGGGAGAAGGAAAGAAAAGAAGAGUGGGAAAAACGAGAAAAAGAAGAUAAACAGAAACAACAUGAGGAGCAAACGAGAUUGAGAAAGCUUCAAGAAGAAUUUGAACAGGAAAGAAAAAAUGAUGAAAAGAAAAGAGAAGAAGAGGACAGAAUUAAAAGAGAGCAAGAGGAAAAAGAGAGAAAAGAAAUUGAGGAGAACUAUAAGAAAGAAAUGGAAACUCUAAAGAAGACACAUGAAGAAGGUGCCAGAAAGAAAGCUGAAGAGUUCAAUGAAUUCAAAGAAGAAAAAAAAAGGGAGUUCGCAGCUCAGAAGGAAAUGCAUGAGAAAGAUAUGAAAGAGAAAGACAGUGAUUAUAACCUCUUGAAGGCAUUGUCAGAUCACAAAGAAGAAGAAUUAAAGAAGAAACAGGAAGAAGAAAUAAAGAAAAAACAGGGUGAAAUUUAUGACUUCAUGAAAAAUUUGACCAAACGGAUAGAAGGUCUGUCAGAAAUUAAUAAGUUACUGAAAAAACACGAACAACAAAUGGAACAGGAGAAAAAUGAGGAUGUAAAAAAGAGCCUGCGGCAAAAACAUGAAAAAGAAGUUAUUGACUUGAUACCAAAAUUUUGGAACAAAAAGGACAAAGAAGACGCAUCAUUUUGGACGCGCAUCACAUUCUUUUGGUUCUGAAAACUGAAACUCUAAAUAUGCAGAGCCUAUAUUUUGCAUAAAUUCUCAUUAGCUCCCAAGUGUCUAAUCAGCAGCCUGUACAAUAUUUAGCUGCAGCCUUGUUAGCAAUUAUCUGACUGUUAAAAGUGAAGCCAAGUGCAAAAAACAAGACUUUCUAAAUCUCAGAAUUGUACAACUCAGACCCGGCCCGUGAUUAUCUUAAUGUGGAGUUGACCACAAAGCUGAUUUCACACAAUGAUUUAUUGAUUACAAUUUUAUUUUGGAUUAAAGACUAGAUUGUAAUAUUACAGGUUUAAGAACAAUCGUUUUUCUAUGGUGGUACUGGGGGUCCAUAUUCUGGAAUUCAGAUUACUACAAAAUAUUUCUUUUCUGAGUUUUGUGUGUCAAUAUUUCCCAGAAAUGUUGUGUGUUUAAUUAUUCCCAGAAAUAAUGUGUGUUUAGCAAACUGAGAUAAAAGUAUUUCUCAGAAAUGAGGUGAUUUCUCAGAAAUAAUAUUGGAUCAACUAAAUAAUAUAUAUUUUCUAUUAACAAAGGUUGAUUAACUGAACAAUAUAUAUUGUCUAUUAACAAUGUUUGAAGCUUAAGAAAAGCUUCCAAAAGAACUGUGUAACUAAAUGCUAAGAAUUAAUGAUUAAGCUUAACUGUGGGGUUGAUAGAGCUGUGGAAAAGGGCAAACAAGUUAGGACAUGUCCAGGGUGUUGGGAAAUCAAGAGUGGGCAGCAGGAACAUGCGUGAAUCAGUGAAAGGAGCAAAUGAGGUUUUUUGUGUCAAAAGUAUAAAGGACAGAAACAGGCAAAGAACGGGGUUAUAUUCCUAGGCAGUUCUCGGAGGGUGUUGAGCUGGACAUUAGAUCUUCAGACCCCGCAGCCUCGACCAGAAAAGAGUUGGGAUUUGGACAUAAGAACAGCAAAAGAAAACUUCAGAGAACUUCUUCAGUGGAAUAGCGAGACAGAAGCCACAGAGGAUAGCCACUGUAGCCAACCCGGCUGAAGGAGUAAUUCGGACUCUGACGUCUUUCUUCUGUUCAACUGCCUCAAUGGCUGUGUAUUUAUAGACAUUUUGAAGAUUUUGGACAAGGUUUCAGGAGUCUAACGGAUUACACAGCCGAGGGUAGAAGAAAAGGGUGCGGUCCCCCCGGCCAGGGUGACACGCUCCUCUCCCAUCUCUACAAAAAGGAAGAUUGCCAAAUUCAUCGAAGCUAAACUAUUGCAUCCAGGUUUUGCCCUUCAACAUAUUUAUCAAUUAUUAGAAAUUGCUCAGUAUAUUAUUAAUCAUAUAUAUUAAUCAUUU